CCGCCCACUCGCGACGCGCCCCGCCCACUGCCCCGCCCACCCGCCUCCGCGCGCCCACGCCGCACUGUCCUGGAGCUGCGGGAGCGCCGAGCAGUAGCCGCGAACCGGUACCCGGGGGCCCGCGGCGAUGAAGAUCUGGAGCUCGGAACACGUGUUCGGCCACCCGUGGGACACGGUCAUCAAAGCUGCCAUGCGCAAGUACCCGAACCCCAUGAACCCCUGCGUGGUGGGCGUGGACGUGCUGGAGCGGAGCGUGGACGGCCACGGCCGACUGCACAGCCACCGGCUUCUCAGCACCGAGUGGGGCCUGCCCGGCUUCCUGAGAGCGAUUUUGGGGACCAGCAGGACUUUGACAUACAUCAAAGAACAUUCUGUCGUGGAUCCAGUGGAAAAGAAGAUGGAACUCUGCUCCACCAAUAUUACACUUACAAACUUGGUGUCUGUGAAUGAAAGACUGGUCUACACCCCCCACCCGGAGAACCCGGAAAUGACCAAGCUCACGCAGGAAGCCAUUAUCACCGUGACUGGGAUCAGCCUCGGCAGCUAUCUGGAGAGUCUCAUGGCCAGCACGAUAUCGUCCAACGCGAAGAAGGGUCGCGAGGCCUUGGAGUGGGUGAUCGGCCGACUCAACGUGGAGCUGGAGGGCCUCACCGUCCCGGCCUGCACCAGAGUCUGACGCCCAGCACCAGGGAUGUGGAUCCUUAGGAGGCCAAGUCACGGGAGUUGUCACCUGUCCCCUAACCCUGCUGUGGGGACUCCCCGCACAGUGCUCUGCUCUUGGUUUGUCACAAGGAGCAUUCCCGAUUAGUGCAUGUUGCUGGGAAGGAGUGAUUUUGCUCUAUUUUAGUCUACAGUUUACCCUUAGUUUUUGUUUUUCCUUUUGUGGGGGGGUGGGGGAGCUGGGGAGGUAGGGGGAGGGUUUUGUUUUGAAGUCAGUUUCAUUCAUUGAUUUACUGACCCUUUCUCCAGAAGCCUCAGCGUCAGAGUGACAAGGGAAAUGGCUUUCUCGCUCUCUGCAGCCACCCAACAUUCAAACAAGUUUCCUAGGUGUCUUGCCCCUCACAACAGACCACGUUUAUUCCCCUGGCAUCUCAGAAUGGUGGCUAGUUCGGAGGGCCAGGGCAGGGUUGACCUCGGAGGGGCUGCGGAUGGCCUAAGAGCUGGGAACAUGACAGGUUUAAAGCCAUCAGCCCAAGAGAUUUGCUGGAUUAGGCUAGGCGCCUCGGGGCCCCAGAGCACUGCCCAUUUUUUUUGUGGGGCCUCAGCUGGUGCUGCACCCGCUCUGCUUGUUUCAUGAUCUGCCACUGACUUCAGACCUUCAACUGAAUUGCAGAGAGAGGGUUUUUAGGACUAUGUCUGCAUUUGUUUGUCUUUGCUGGGUCAGUGAUGUUUCAUCUUUAAAGAUGCCUUUAGCUUCAAUGUCCUGGAGGGUUCUGCCUACAUUUUCUUCCAGGUAACUUAUGGAUUCAGGUCUGAUAUUGAGGUCUUUAAACCAUUUUGAUCUGACUUUCGUGCCUGGCAUUAGACAGAGGUCUGAGUUCAUUUUAUUAUUAUUAUUAUUAUUAUUAUUAUUAUUUGCAUGUAGCUGCCCAGUUUUCCCAGCACUAUUUGUUGAAGAGGCUUUCCUUAACUCCACUUCACAUUUCUUGCUCCUUUAUAAACAAAUGGGACUACAUUAAACAAAGAUGCUUUUGCACCUCAAAAGAGGCAGUGACCAAAACACAGAGAUAGCCCAUGGAAUGGGAAAAAGUUAUUUAUCCAAUACCCAUCAGAUAAGGGAUUAAUAUCCAAGAUAUAUCAGGCACUGGUAGAACUUUACAAGAAAAAAAGAUCAACCCUAUCCAAAAAAUGGGGAGAAGAAAUGAACAGAAACUUCCUCAAAGAAGAAAUUAAAAUGGCAAAAGGCACAUGAAAAAAUGCUUUACAUUACUAAUCAUCAGGGAGAUACAAAUCAAAACAACAAUGAGAUAACAUUUCACACCACAAAGACUGGCAUAUAUCAAAAAGAACAACCAGUGCUGGUGUGGAUGUGGGGAGAAAGGGACUCUCAUUCAUUGUUGGUGGAAUUCAACUGGUUUAGCCUUUUUGGAUAGCAAUAUGGGUGUCCCUCAAAAAACUAAAAAUUGAGCUUCCAUCUGACCCAGCAAUACCACAUCUAGGGAUAUACCCCAGGGACACAAAAACAUACAGCAGAAAUGCCAUCUGCACUUCUAUGUUCAUUGCAGCACUAUUCACAGUAGCCAGAAUCUAAAUCUAAACAACCCAAAUGUCCAAGAACAGACAACUGGUUAAAGAAACUACGGGACAUCUACACAGUGGAAUACUACACAGCUGUUAAGGAAAAAUGAAUUUAUGAAAUUCGCUUAUAAAUGGAUGGACAUGAAAAAUAUGGUGCUGAGUGAAAUGAGUCAGAAGGUGAGGGACAGACAUAGAAUGAGUGCAUUCAUUUGUGGGAUAGAAAAAACACAUAGUAUUAGACUAAUGCCAAGGACAGUAGGAAUAUGGGCCACCAUAUUGGUUCAUGGGGGAAGCCUGCCUCAAGAGCUUGGGGAGAAGGCAGUUGGGAUAGAGAAGGAACCACUGUGAAUAACUGGAAAUGAUCACUCUGGGUAAGAACUGUGUGUUGAAAGUAGGUAAAGGACCAAACAUGAUAACCUCUCAGUACCAUAAUGCCCAAAAGGAGGGGGGGAGUGUGUGUGAGAGAGAGAGAGGUGCGCAUCAUAGGGGCAGGUUAGAGGGGUAGGAGUUGGUGGGAGGGAUAUACUCGGAACAUUGGCGGUGAGAAAUGUACACUGGUGGAGGGAUGGGUGAUGGAACAUUGUAUGACAGAAACUCAAUCAUGAACAGCUUUGUAACUGUAUUCCUCAUGGUGAUUAAAUUAAAAAACUUUUUAAAAAGACUUGUCUACAGCACGUUAUAUACAGCUUCCAUAAUUCAUUUUUGUUUCUGGACAUGCUCUGGAAUGUCUUUCCUUAUGUCUGUUCUACUAACCAAUUGGGUUUGUUUCUCAGAGACGUAUCAGGAACAGUGAGAUGAUUUGGGUGGCAAGCUAUUUGCCCUAUGGUGUUCUAUUUUUGCAAAAAAAAAAAAAGAAAAAAAGCAGAGAAAUAAAUCCGGAAUCUG